AUGCCCGGCCCGCCCGGUUCCGUCGCUCUCUAUUGGCACCGCAGCGGCUGUUCCUUCGCCAACAGCGCCCAAGACGCCAUAACACCAGCGACGGCUCCGCCCCGCCGGGGACGUGUGGGCGGGAGCGGGAAGCAGCCAAGGGUGACCGCGGGGCCCGGGGCGGGGGAGGGAGCCCCGAGGGCGUGGCCGGCGGAACCUGUCGGCGGACGGGAGCCAGGGACCAGCAGCGAGGACGCCGCGGGACAGCUUCCUGAGGCGGCGCGGGCUCUGAGGGUGCCCGCUAUCCGCUCCGCACCGGCGCAGCGCCCGCCAGCGGGCGUACGGCAGAAACUUCCUCGUUGCCGCGCCCCUCUUUUGCAGGGAGGUGGCGGGGGCGGGCCGCGCCUGCGCGCGAAAGGAGGUGUGCGCAGUGAAGGGGGAUACCUGCCUGCGGACGCUGGGCUGAACCGCGCCGGGAGCAGCGAGGGGAGGUCUGUGCCCGCGGGCGCUGAGGUGAAGCGCUGCGGGAGGAGGCCGUCGGCGGCCCGGUUGUCCCUGUGGAGGCGUUCAGAGCUUCCUGCUGCAGUUUGUGAGGUUACUCAAAAUAGCCUCACAAUGAAGAAAUCCCUGUUCAGUGGGGACAACCUCAACAUACUGUGACACACAGAGCACCAAGAGAAAUAGGUGAC